CGCGAUCUAACAUUACAGUGAAAAGUGCUGGCCGUAACACAAGUCCUGUGUAAUUUCAAUAAAAAAUAAAAAAUAAUUGAAUUAAAAAUAAAACAAAUGUUAAAUUCCAAAGAGGUAUUAAUUAAAUUUUAAAAUGAGAACGAAGCCUGUAUUAACCUUUUCGAAGUUGGACGAGGAGACUGGAGAGAUGCUGGAUAGAAUGUUCGAGAAGAAAGAUUGUAUGGUAGAGAUUAAUCCGGGACGUGUGAUUUUACCCGCUGACUAUAUGACUAUAGGUCAAGAUAUACUGGACAUGGAAGUGCUGGAGGACGAUGUAUGGAUGUGUUCUUAUCCAAGGACUGGGUCAACCUGGGCCCAGGAGAUGGUCUGGCUCAUCGGUCACGAUUUGGACUACGAAGGAGCAAAAUCACUGCAACAAAUCCGUUGUCCACUGGUCGAGUUGUCUUGUAUUAUGGUGGACGGCCACGCGCAGUGGCACGAGGAGUCAGUGCAAGGAACUUCAGUGGAUCUGGUGAAGCACCGAUUGGCACAUCCCCGGUACAUCCGCAGUCAUCUGCCCUGGGAUCUCUUGCCGCUGGAUGUGCAGAGAGACGACGGUACUGCUAAACCGAAGGUAAUUUACACAUCACGUAAUCCCAAAGACAUGGUGGUAUCAUAUUACCACUACUGCAAGCUGGUGCACGGCCUCAAAGGGACCUUCGAGGAGUUCUGUGACCUCUUCAUGAGGGACCGCGCGCCAUUUGGGCCCGUAUGGAAUCAUAUAUUGGGUUUUUGGAACAGACGUCACGAUCCGAACCUCCUAUUCAUCAGAUUUGAGGAGAUGAAGCGAGAUCUACCUUCAGUGGUGAAGAAGACCGCUGCCUUCCUCGGGAAGUCGAUGUCUGAUGAACAAGUCUUCAAACUGUGCGAUCACCUGUCCUUUCAGAACAUGAAAACUAACAGAGCUGUUAAUCUCGAAGCUAUAUUAGAGAAAUCUUUCGGCAGAAGUUAUUUAGAACAAACUGAUCUAAGGUUUAUAAGAAAAGGGGAGAUCGGCGAUUGGAAGAAUUACAUGUCUGAUGAUCUAUCUAGAAAAUUCGAUGAUUGGGCUGAACGACAUCUGAAAGGGACGGAAUUAAGUUUCGAGUAAUUUGGUAUAAGGGUAAUAUCUUUUUUUUGUUAAUUUUGUCUAUUUUUGUAUCAUCUUUGUUUUGAAUAAAUUAUUUUUUAUCUGUAA